UAAAGUCGAAUCACACAACAUUCAGAAUGUUAAGACUUCAGUUGGUAAAAGUUUUUCUGCUCGUAGUGCUGCUGGUGGCAAGGACUGAAUCCAAGCCAGCCAAAGGACGCAAGUCUGCAUUUGGUUUGGGCCUGCUAGGAGGUGCAUUGGCAGGCGCUGCUGUUGGUCAUGCGGUAGUAAAGUCAAGCCAAGGACGUACUAAUUCUCCCGCUCCAGCUGCUGUUGCACCAACCCGCGUAGUGGAGACUGGAUCUUUAGAUGCACGUGGUUGCUAUAAGCAGACAAUCAAGGAACCCGUUCAAGGCAACAUCGGAAUGUAUAUCGAAACGGAGCAUCUUAUUUGUCCCAAUCCCCAAGCACCGCCAGCAGCACCCGUACAGGUUGUACACCAGCCAUCUUUAGCUGUGCCUGUUAAAGUAGUACCGGUGGUGGUGUCAAAUUACACACAGGCAGAUACGUUUGCCAAUUCAUCAAAUAUUCCAACUAAUGCUAUCCAUAUACCAGAUCAUACUCUGAUCCAAGUAGCUGCAACAAACCCACCUCCGACACUUGUUUAUGCAGCAGCUCCCGUAGCACCAGUUCAUCAGCCUGCCCUUGCAGGCACUGAACCUCGUAUAAUUCUAAUUUCUCAAACUGUGAAGAAGCAGAAAUCGGCAGCGCCAACUCUCAACAUUUCCCAUUGGCUUUUAAUAAUGGUAAUCUUCUAUUGCCUCGCAAGCAGAACAUAUAAUAAAGUUGCGUAGAAUUUCAGUAUCAUUUAAUAAA